AUUAGUAUACAGUUAAAGUUCCGUGCCAGACAAAGUAUGAUUGAGAAGCGCAAUGAGUUCUUGCAACUUCGAAAAACUGCAAUUCACCUGCAACAAAAGUUCCGUGGGAAACGUUUGGUGUUGGUUCUACAAAAGCAAUUCCACCUCUUGACCCAAUGCACUGGCAAUUUCCAAGCGCAUGCACGUGGUUUUCUUGCCCGAAAGCGUUUCCAGGCUCUAAUGACUCCUGAAAUGAAGGAGCUUCUGCGUCAAAGAGAGCGGCGAAAGUUAUACAAUGUUACUGGCGGGGAUAUCUUACUCGUCGAAAACAACGACAUGCCGGUCUUUUAGCUAUUCGACAGCGUCUAUUGCAACUUCGUCAGCAGGCUACAGCUAUUAAUUCGGUACGGUCUAAGGUUCAGGACUCAGUUCGAAUUUUACGUGGCCGAUUUAUUGCCUCGGAUGCUUUACCCGUUUUAAAUCAGCUAGAUCGUCUGUCUCGAACAGUACCUCAUCUACUAAUGUGGUGUUCAGAAUUUAUGUCCCACUUCUGUUACGGCAUCAUGGCACAGGCUAUUCGUUCAGAGGUUGAUAAGCAACUGAUCGAGCGUUGUAGUCGUAUUAUUCUCAAUUUAGCACGCUAUAAUAGCACUACAGUGAAUACUUUUCAGGAGGGCGGUCUAGUAACCAUUGCCCAGAUGCUUUUGCGAUGGUGCGAUAAAGACAGUGAAAUUUUUAACACCUUAUGUACGCUUAUUUGGGUAUUUGCCCACUGUCCAAAAAAGCGAAAGAUUAUUCACAACUACAUGACCAAUACAGAAGCAAUCUACAUGGUCCGUGAAACGAAAAGCUUGUUGCCCGCAAGGAAAAGAUGAAGCAGAAUGCUCGAAAGCCAUUGAUCAGUGCGUUUAGUCGUUAUGGACAACAAACACCGACUUUUCAACCGAGAUCUUUGCCCAGCUUAGAGCCGGAUUUUGGAAUCAUACGAAGUAGUCCAUAUACAUUUAUAUCGUCAGUGUUUGCAUUUGAUACUAUUUUAAGCAAGUUGAGGAUUGAUUUAAUUUGAUAUAUUUUAAAUGAAUAAGUUGCCUGUACGAGUAGAAGAGCUCAUUAUAAAUCUGUAGUUAAUUGUUACAAUUGUUUUGAUUGAUGUUUCGUAAUAAUAUGAUGUAAUUUAAUGUUGAUUGAUGUUUCGUAAUGAUAUGAUGUAAUUUAAUGUAGUGUUCAAUGUUUAUUAAAUGAUUAUGUUUUAUUGCAACAAAAAGUUUUGGUUUUGUCUUUUUGCUUGCACAGUUUUGCAGUGCCCAGAUUACUGUUUAUUAAAAUAUAUUCACAAAACAAUUACA